AUGGCAAUUUCACCGAAGAAGACUAAAACGUCCAGCGUGCAACGCCGAACUCACCUCCGUGUCUCUUCGAGACUUGCUCGUCCCAGCAAGCGGCUCAAGCAGCUUCAGAAGAGCGAGCGCAUCCAGCAGCUUCAGAGCAGCGCGCGGCAGAGGCAGCACCAGAGCGACACCAUCGCUGAGGCAUCCUCCGAUCCAGCCAUGGCCACGUCCAAAUCGACGAUGGAAACCGCGCUCUCAAGGAGUGCGCAUACCAAAAAGCAGAAGGGUAUGAGCCGCCCGAGUUUCCGCAAGACAGGCAGGGUAAUUAUCCGCUUGCCCCCUUCUCACGUACGGGAUGCAAUGCAAUUCAUCCCGAUCGAAGAUAUCUUGGAAAAUCUGAUCGCCAAAAACCACGGCGAGAUUCCGAACGAAGAGGAUAUAGCAACCGUAGCCACGUACUACUUCGUGGACGUGUGCAGUACAUACCCUGCUUCGUUGAUUCGAUUCGCAGCCACUGUACUGUUCCGCCAUUUUGAACCAAUCCUGGAGCGGACGACACCGAGUUAUAAGGCCUACGAGAUGCUGAAGGCCAAAACACAAUUCGUCAAGGCCAUGCGGGCUCUGCGUGCCGAAGUUGCCUGGGGAUUUGUUCGAACUGGCAAAGCUGACCUUUGGAUGCACAAAGGACUGUAG